ACGAUUAGGUGCUCGACUACUCUAUGCUUUGUGCUCUCUUCGCAAGAAUAAUCGGCGAUGCAGCCCGACUUCGGCUUCAGGGAUCACAACCAGUGGUUAAAAAUAUCCCAGGCUGGCGAUAUUUAACAAGAGCGCAGUAAACAAACAGAUAUAUAAUUGAAUGAAGAGGAUAUUUUGAAUAGAUGAGCAGAAUAAUAAUUGCCGUAACAAACCUACCUACCUACCCGUCAUCUUCGGGAACAAGAAUUUGCCAAAUAUUUAACCCACAAUACAAUCACCUCGGCCACAAUCAAUUUCAAUCACCAAAAGCUCCAUUUUGCUAUUAUAAAUAAAUAAUAUUUACUUUCAAAGACCCAAACCAUUAAUUAUUCCGACCCGGGGAAAUCCAAUAAUAUAUAUAAUCCAAUAUAUAUAUUAUUCUCUUUCCCUCCUCCAGCUCCAAAGCAUACAAUCAGUCUCUGCCGCCGUCGCUGCUUGCCACAUGUCCAAAUACCUGGCCCAAACAAUCCCACUCGCGCCGCGCACACUGAGCCAAUUAGUCUCGUCUCCUCUGCUCCGAUCCCGCCCAGGGCCAAUUGCUGCUGGAUAUCUGCAGCGUGGUGUCAUUGCUGGCGGUGCUGUUGCUGCUGUUGCUGCUGGUGCUGCCCGUCGUCAGUCGUGGUCGUCUACUAAGCUGGCUCCCCCCACAUCUUUUCCCCCCUCCUCCUCCUCCUCCUCCUCUUCUUCUUCCUCUUCUUCUUCUUCCUCUUCCUCUGCUCCCUCUUCUUCUCUCAUCCUACCCCGCCACCACCAGUUUUCUCCCCUUCGCCCGUCUGCCUCUUCGAAGCGUGUUGCUCUACUCUCCAGACAUUUCUCGUCCUCCUCCACUAUCGCCGAAAUGUCGUACUCAAAAGCCCCCUCCGAAUACUCAGUCCGCAAAGUCGGCCAACCAAACACCCUCGACUUCCGUGCCUACAUUGAGCGGGAUGGACAGCCCAUCUCGCCCUUCCAUGAUAUUCCGCUCUAUGCCAAUGAGCAGCAGACCAUUCUGAACAUGGUGGUCGAGAUCCCCCGCUGGACAAAUGCCAAGCUAGAGAUCUCCAAAGAGGAAUUCCUCAACCCCAUCAAGCAGGAUGUGAAGAAGGGCAAGCUGCGAUAUGUCCGCAACUGCUUCCCACACAAAGGCUACCUCUGGAACUACGGAGCCUUCCCCCGCACAUGGGAAGACCCCAACGUCGUCCACCCAGAAACCAAAGCCAAGGGCGACAACGACCCCCUCGACGUCUGCGAAAUCGGCGAGCUGGUCGGAUACUGUGGCCAGGUCAAACAGGUCAAGGUGCUCGGUGUCAUGGCCCUGCUCGACGAGGAGGAGACCGACUGGAAAGUCAUUGUCAUCGAUGUCAACGACCCCCUCGCUCCCAAACUCAAUGACAUCGAGGAUGUCGAGCGUCAUCUCCCUGGCCUCCUGCGGGCGACCAACGAAUGGUUCCGUAUCUACAAGAUCCCCGAUGGAAAGCCUGAGAAUCAAUUUGCAUUCUCGGGUGAAUGCAAGAAUAAGAAGUACGCCAUGGAAGUCGUCCACGAGUGCGCCGACGCCUGGGACAAAUUGAUGACCGGAAAGAGCUCUCGCGGUGAUAUCUCCCUCGCAAACGUCACCAAAGAGCAAUCCCCAGACCGCGUCGAUGGCAACCAACUCAGUGCCAUCCCAGCCCACCAAGAGCUCGCUCCCGCCCCCAUCGACGGCAGCGUCGACAAGUGGUUCUUCAUCUCCGGUGCUGCCGUCUAAGAUUCUUUUUCGUCCCUUCUUUUUCAAACCUUUACCCUCUCCUCAUUUCCCCCGCCCCCCUUUACUGUUGCUAGGCGGACCGCCCCACACCACCUUCCAUCCCAUCAUAAAUUCAACCUGUUUCCCCUGUUUCCCCCCUUUUUUUGGGUCUAUUUUGCCUUAAGCCUCGUGCUCAUAAAUAUGAAGAGAAUUUUUUUUUUUCUUUUUUUUUUUUUUUUUAUCAUCUUGUCUCCUGUCCUUUCUAGAGUCCUAGCAAAAAAAGAAAAAAAUUCCUUUCCUUUCGGCCCGUUGCAUUUCUGUGCUGGAGGGACCAAAGGAAAGAAAAGAACAGAAAAGAAAGAAAAAAAACGCAUAUAUCAAAAAGUUUAAUUAUUUAUUAAGUUGGAUGAAGGUGUGUUUGGUGGCAGAGCAAGGAUAGAAUCGGAAAAAGCCAGUGCGUGAUGAUGGGAAGCUGGGUGGAUGGAUUGGAUUGGAUUGGACUGCGCUAUUUAAUGGCGAAAUACCACCUGCAUAUUUGGGCUUGAAUAGACAUGAAUACAAAAAAAUAUAUAAAAAAAAAUAUAACCCUCUCUUUUAAAUACAGCAAGUUUUGUGACUCUUUGUCCUGAUGCUCUGCUAUACACAGAACUUGAUCCUUCCUGGCUGGCAAGGCGAAGACGG